UCUGUAAACAUAACCUCAAAUAACCAAUUCAAAGGAGUCUAAUGUAUUAAGUCAUAACAUUAUUUUAAUUUUUAAUCUCAAUGCGGUAUUAGUGUGGUACUAACUACUUAGGUUAUUUCAUUUUCUCAAAAUCAUUUUUUGUUAUUACUCAAGUAGUUGAGUUAUUUAAAUAUAAAUUACUAAUCCAUCAAAGGUAAGACAAUCUAUUUAAAAUAAAUAUAUAAUUUUUUAUAUUGCACUAUAAUUAUUAUUAUGUACGCUACUUUUAAUUUUAUAUUUUUAAUGUAAAAUUUGUUAUAGUUAAUUGAAUAUUUAUCAAUUUAAAUUUAUUUAAAAUGUUGGUUUAAAUCUAGUUUGGAUUUUUUUUUUACCAAACUGAUUUACUUUUUUACUUAUUUUGUUAGUAGGCUGUCAAACUUAGUUUUUAAGUUAUAAAACUUUGAAAUCUAUUUACACUGUAUAUUAUAUAUGAUUCACAACAAAUUGGGUUUUUUUUUGGUUUGAAACAGUAUGAGUGAAUUCAGAUUUACUUAAUUACACUUUUUUGGACCAUCAGUUGUCUACAAAACCAUGUGUGGUGGUCGGCGACUCGUUACAUUCAAAAUUUAAUAAAGUAUUUAAUGUAAAUCAGUAAUAGUUAUCAGAAUUUAUUAUAAAUUUAUUGUACUUAAUACCUAUGUUAUUAUUACCCUUUGUAUACGAAAAAAGUAUAAAGUUAAAUAGAAAAAAACAACUGUGAAAAAUACUGUAAAAGUACUGUAUACAGGAAAAUAUUAUAUUUCGUGUAUUAUAAGAAUACACAAAUUUUAAUGUGUUAAAACUCAAACUUAUGAUUUCCUCAAUUUUGUUUGUACUAUCAUUUUCAAAACUUUGAAAUACCUGGAUUGUCAGUGUUGUUUUUUAAGUCUAUUCUGAUAAAUAAUAACUGAAUGGUAUUAUGGUACAGAUUUUAUAAAUAGAGCUAUGAAAUUUCUCAUAAUGGGACUUACAUUAAAUAUUUUGUAUUGUUCAAUAGUCAGAUUGGUCCCAGAAUAUGGUUCUAUGAAUUGAUAUCCUUUCAUUUAUUUGAUUUUAAGUUACAGUAGACUUUGAUACAUUCAUAUUAUUACUGCCUAAAAAUAAAAAACAAUAUUCUUUUGAGUUCAGUUUCGUACAUUUUUAUUGCAUAGUUUUGUUACUGUUAUAAGAAAUGAAUUGCCAUGCUUUUCUUAGAUCUGUCUGUACUCUUUUCCUUUCCUUAUCUGGGUAGAAUAUUACUGUUGUUUAUCUAGUGUUAUAUUAUUUUGAAAAGUUGGUCCUGGACCUAUCCCAAGUAUUAGUCCUUUAUCAUAGUCUUUCCCAUGACAGAAUAGGCGAUGCAACAAUUAAAACCGUUUGUCACCGAUCAUCCCGAUAAUGCAUGAUGAUAUUGAUGGAAAAACAGUUGCUUAAUCGACUACCAGAUUGGCCGAAGCUCAGUAUGUAUGUGCAUAAAUAGGCCGUUCUCUUAUGGGACAGACUAGGUUUAAAUAUGGAACUUCUGUACAAAAAUAGAUCAAAUCAAGACAUUAGUGUUAAAAUAGUGUCAGGAUAGAAGAAAAUAAUUGGUUAAUGCAUAACCAUUAACUUUCUCAGACAAUUUCAAAUUACAACACUGAAAACCGCAUCCAAAUCCAUUUACUGAUUCUCGAGACUAGUUAAUAACAACUAAACUAAUUUAUAUAAUAGAUAAUUUAUUUUGAAUUUAACUGUUUAUUAGUUUUCAUAAAAAUAAUGUAAAUUUAGAAAUGUUGGUAAAAUUAUUUGGGUACCUUUUUAUUAACACACUAGGUAACUACAGAUCAAAAAUUAAUGAUAGUAAUUAAUUAAGUAUUAUAUGUUGAACUAGAACAAAAUAAUUAUAAUUAAUCUGUAUUGAUACCUGACAAUUUUUUAAAAAUAUUAAUUUACUAAACGAUAUUUACCUCCAUCCCAAUAGAAAUAAUUACUAAGGGGACUCAAAUUAAUCAAAAAGGAAUUGAUUUGCCAUUUAAUAAAAACCUUUUGUUUACCAUUGUUAAAGUAGAGUCCUGUUUUUUAGAAUUGAUUUUUUGAAAUUAAAAUAUACAAACAAUUUUUUUAUCACAUAACUUUUUUACUAACACACUUGUCUGGGUUUUAUUACAACUUACAAUGAAUUGAUUAGAUAAUAAUUUUUAAAUUCCUGAUUUUAUGAUUCACUAUAUUAAAAUAUCUUUUAUCAUAUGUUUUAUUGUUUCCAUUUACUAAAUGUACAUAAUAUCUGUUUUAGAUGAAGUUGAAAACUAAUAAUGCUGCUCCGAAGUCAGCCAAUACAAAAAUGUAAGUAUAGAUUACCCUAUACAUAGUUGCACAAUAACUACUUCUAUUCUUUUCCAAGAGAAAAUGAGACCUUUUCACACACGUUAAAUGAACUCUGGUCGGCUCAUUAAGCUAACAGAUCCCUUCAUUGUAAACAGUGAGCUGACAAGAACAAUAUAUCAAUGUUUUAUAUUGUUGGGAGAUGCGUGUCAGUGAUCAGAUUUGAUCAGGAGACUGUCACGUUUUCUUAUGGAAUGGAGUUUUUUUUUUUUUUAAGAAAAUUUACAAUCUAUAUACAAGUUAAUAUAAUAAGUAAAUGUGUUGAUAGUUACUAGACAUGAACACUUAAGGGAAGGGAAUGUCCAGUGAUACUACUUCCGAUUAACUUGGGGGUAGGUAACUUAACUAAAAAGUACUAAUCAUUGUUUAAUAAAUCACGCGGCCAUUUGUGUUUGAGACGAUGGAGAGGGUUGUCAGGAAUUGUACAAGAAGAGAGUUUGGAAAUGAGCGGAUAUGAAUGGUUAAAGGUAUUUUUAUGGAAUUUGUUAUAAUGAUGAGAGGUAAAUGAGGAUAUUGGUGGUAUACUGAGGUCUUGGUGUAGAGUGCGGUUGUUGACGUACCAGGGAGCAUUAGAUAGGACACGGAGAGAUAUAGAUUGGAAUGCUUGGAAUUUGAUUAAGUUUGAGUUACCCCACAAUUGGAUUUCGUAUGUCAAUGCGGGACGUAAGAUCUGUUUGUAAAUUAGUGUUUUAUUAUUAAGAGAGACUUAGGAUCGGAGAAGUGGUCUUAAUUUGUAAAGUCUGAGGUUAAGNACCUAAAUAUUUAACGGAAUCGUCCAUUGGAAUUUUUUGAUUGUUCAUGUAAACAGGAGGAAUGGUAGUAGGCCUGAGGGUAAAGGUGAUGUGAGUGGAUUUGUUUUCGUUGACUUUAAUUUUCCAUAAGCUGAACCAGUCUUGUAUUUGGGUAAGGUGGGCUUGGAGGUUGCUUGUAGCGGUAGCUAUUUCGGAGUUGGUUGAGAUGGUGGCUGUGUCAUCGGCAAAUGUAGCUAGAGUAGUAUUCAUAGAUUGUGGUAGGUCUGCUGUAUAUAUAUUAUAGAUAGUCGGUGAAAGGAUACUGCCUUGAGGGACAUCUGCUUUUAUAGGAUGCGAGUCAGAAGUUUUGUCUUCACAUCUUACUGUAAAAGUACGGUUUGAUAGGAAAGAUUUAAGUAAGAGGAAUAACGGGGUGGGUAAGAAUAACAAUUUAAAUAAUAGCCCUUCGUGCCAUAUCCUAUCAAACGUCUGAGCAACGUCGAGAAAAAUCCCAGAACAAAAUUUCUUUUGUUCAAGAGAUGAGGCAAUAGUGUCAACUAAUCUAUGUAAUUGGUGGAGAGAGGAGUGCUUUCUCCUAAAACCAAAUUGAGCAUUUGGAAGAAUUUUUUUCCCAUUGAGUAUUGGAUAAGUUCUUUUUAAUAUGAUUUUUUUUAGAAUUUUUGAGAAUGUAGGAAGUUAGCUAAUGGCUGAUUAGCCAUUGAUGUUAGGCCUGUAGGCCUGUGAUGUUAGUUAGGCCUGUAUGAGGAGGGCUGAUCAGGGGGUUUUCCUGGUUUGUGGAUUAGAAUAAUAACUGAGUGUUUCCAAUUGGGAGGGAUAUAGGAUAGAUGUAGAAUAUUUUUGUAGAUAUAAGUGAGAAGUAAGAUUGCUUUCUUAGGCAGGUGUUUAGCAAUAGUAUUAGAUAUUAAGUCGUGGCCUGGGGAUUUGUUAUUUUUUAAGUUUUUAAUGAUAUUUAGGACUUCCAAAGGAGAGGUAUGUUUGGUAGGAAGACACAUUGGGAGAGUGUUUAGAAGUGAGGCUUCAAUAUUAGAGUAGUGACUUCUCGUGAGUAAAUUUGGAUGUGAUGAGAAUUUAUUUUCAAGGUCUGAUGCGAGAUGGAAUGGAGUUUUAAGCCAAGAUUUCUAAUGCACCUAUACCAAUUGAAUGAGAAUAAAUAAAUUAAGAAUACGUAACUUUAUUUUUCUCAUAAUAUUACUUAACAUGGGUACGUAGGAAUUAAAAAAAUGUGAGUAAAGUUCCCCAUUAUUUCUCCAUUCAAAUUUUUUUUUUUUUUUUUUCAGAAAUAUGAUCUUAUUUUGGUAUAAUUCCGUAUUCCAAAUUACAUCUUAAUGAAUUAAAAAUUAGGGUUAGGUUAGGAUUAAUUCAAAUAAUUUAUAAAAUAUUGACUACUUUUUAUAAGAGCAUAUUAUGUAUGUAUAAUUUUAUUUUAAUUUUUUUUUUUAGAAACAAGUCGCCAAAGAAACAAGGUAAAGGUGUUGAAGUUAGAAAAGAAAAAUCAAAAGUAGUUGUCAAGCCGGAAGUAUUGAAAAAAGAGGCGGUAAAAGCCAAAGUAGACACGCCACCUAGUCCUCAUAAAUUAAUACAACAAGAAUUGUGGGGUAAAGCUAUUGUAAAUGUUUCGAAUCUAUCCACCCUUAGUGAUGAGGAAAGCAGUAUUGCUAAACUCUUAGCAGAUUACAAAAAGAAAAGUUCUAUUCCUUUUAAAAGUUUAAAAUUUAGAGUAAGUUUUUAUUUUAUAUCCAAUAAUUUAUAUAAUUUUAAUUGGUCAUGUUUGUGUAUGUUUAUAGAAUUUUAUUACAAAAGGAUUUUCAAAAUUCAAGGAUACAAGCAUUGAAGUUGCAGAUGGUAUUUAUGAAAAAAUAUUAAGUGAAUACAAGUCUUUAGGUGGUGUUUCUGAGGCUAAUGCAAAAAAAACUGAUGAUAAGAAAGUUGUAGUAAAAAAGACUAAGAAAGUAGUUGUUGCUGGUGAUGAUGAUGUUGGAGAAGAAGAUGGAGAUGAAGAAGAAGACGAAGAAGAAGAAGAAGUAGUGGACGCUGAAGAUGAUGACAAGGAUGAUAUUGAUGCCGAUGAAGAUAUUGUGUUAGAUGCUAGUGAUGAUGAUAUUGAUAAUGAAGAAGAAAGUGAUGAUGAAAAACCAAAGCCUAAAGCAAAAGUUAUUAAGAUUAAUAAUAAGAAUGGCAAAGGACCAAAUAAAGGUAAUAAAGGUUCAAAAUUUAAAGGUGGCAAAGUGCAGAAAAAUAAAAAGUUUGGUAAGAAAAAGUAAAUUUAAUGCUUAGUAACUUCACUAUUUGACUUAAUAUUGUAAUACUAUAAUUUUAUCAAAUACAUACAAUUUAAAAUAUUGUAUUCAAUAAAGAUUACUAUUAAAUUUUUAAAUCGAUUGUUUUGGUUUUUAAAGGUAUUUUAUUUAUUAUUACCCAUCAAUUUUUUUUGUUAAUGGUAUUGAGCAAUGUUGUUUAAAUUCCUUUUAAAAAAAUGUAUUCCCGUUCC